CUCAGUCAUCAACUUGAAAUGGUGUGAUCCCCAUUCUAUUUGAACCCAAUAAAGCAAAGAAAAGCAGAGCCAAUGUUCCAAAGUAGUCGUUUUUACACUCUCCACAGCCACAGAGCAGCACAGAACUAGCUUCAAAAAAUUUUUGAAAAAAACUUUUUUUUAGCCUUUUUGUGUAACCCAACAGAGGGGAUCUCUUCAAAAUUCUGAAUUUGUCUGAGUCUCUGAAAAUCAGAAUCGCACUAUCUUUGAUUCCUUUUCUCUUUAGCAUAAAAAAUUCACAUUCCUUUAAAUCUUUUCCUGUUUUUAAGUCUAUAAUCUCUGAACCUUUUGUUUUUCUUCAAAGACUAUACGCGUACGCUCUGGUUCUUGCUUCGUACUCGUAGGCUUUCUUCGUAGUGUUCUCUUUCUUCACUGUGUUUCAACCAACUUUUCAUUUAACAAUAUUUCAAUUUGUUUUUCGUUGAAUUCCUUUUUUUUUUAAUUUUCCUUUUCUUUCCCGCCCAUUAAUCUUUUCUUCUUUUUCCCUUUUUCUAAUGUUGAAGUCAUGAAAUUUUCAUUGUUUGCUUUGAAAGGCCAGUGCUUUGUUGGUUCUAACUUUUGUGCCAUAAAUGAUGCGUAUAGUCAUAUUCACUUGCAGAAAUCGUUAAUCGCAGAUUUAGGGAGAGAUUUAAGGAGGUGAUUAUGGGUGGAAGUGGUAAAGUGGAAGUGAUCACCAGCAAGGGGUGCUCAAGAAUGUUUAUGGGAUUUUCAGCUUCAAUCCCAUCUUUUAGAGGAUUGCAAUCCUUCGAGCCAUUGUCUCCUUUCACAUCCUCAGUUGGGUCUGAACCGGUGUUGGUUCGAUCAAGCGGUCCCUUUGCUGGUCUUGUUAUAUGUGUUACAGGUCUAUCUAAAGAAGCAAGGAAGCAAGUAAUGGAAGCAACAGAGAGAUUAGGCGGUCAAUACAGCCCUAAUUUGCAUCCUCAGUGUACUCAUUUGGUGGUCCAGAGCUUUGGCGGGCGCAAGUUUGAGCAUGCUUUGAAGCAUGGAUCAAAAAAUGGUCUCUUUGUUGUUGCACUUGGAUGGUUUGUGGACAGUGUCAGGAGGAAUGUGAGGUUGAGUGAAUCACUUUACAGUGUCAAGAGUGUUGGGGAAAAUGAUGUGCGCUUGGAUGACUUAAAUCGACUUGUUGGUCUCAGUGGCACUGAAAAUUCCUGUCUUCCUGUUGGUUUUAAUGAUCCUAAGAAAUUUGAAUUGACUGAAGGACUGCGUAAAAAAUCGUCUGUAAGAAGUUCUGAUAGAAGUAUUGAAGCAACUUUGUCCGGUAACUCCUUGUAUGUUGAUUCAGACAUUUCAGAUGAACUGCGGAAUAAGGUUUAUGAGGCGGCUACCAGAGAAGGUGCCACGUUUUUGGAUCGAUGGUUUGUUGGCUGCAGUGCAAGUCACGUAGUAUGCGAAGGGGCUUCUGUCAAAAGAUAUCUUGGCCACUCUAACAACCUUGUGACUCCACUUUGGGUUCUAAAAACAGCAAAGGAGAAACAUGUCCAGAGGCUUGUUCAGAUGUCUGCUGAUUUGGCCAGGCAUGUUGGGAUGAUGCUUGAAAAUUUUCAAAAUGGCAAUGCAGGGCAGGAAAUAAAUGGGGGAAAUGACCCUCAAGAUGCUCAGAGUUUGAGGAGUAAAGCAAGCUAUGGAGAAAGGCAACAGGUUGUGAAUUUUGCUAAAAACUUGGUUAGAAGUCGUCGUGGUCGUCGAAUGCAGACUUGUCAAACCCCAAUUCGUCCAAUUACCCCAAGCAGCCUUCUGGAUUCAAUCUGCUGGUCAAUAUCUGAGCCAACCUCAACUGCUUCUAUUUACACAGACUCUUUAAGUUGCGAUGAUGUUAGUGAACAUCAUACAUCUGUGUUCUUUGAUGCAAAGGGGGACAAGGAUUCAGAAGCUUCCUUUGCAAACCUAACACGACCACUUACAGAAAGUGAGAAAACAGAGUUGGUAUUUAAGAACCACUUUCUGACCAUACUGUUUCCCACUGACCGGUUUUCUGAGAUGGGACCUUACUCAAGAUCCUUUUUCAGCAAAAAUGGUUUCACAUGUUUGCAGGUGUUAGAUCAUAUAUAUGCAUUUUAUCAGGAGAAUAUGUCGGCUUCAGAAAUAGAAGCUGCAAUUCACACCGACUCAAGGCACGCUGAUCGGCUCCGAUCUGUGUACUCCAGUAAAGAAACAGCUGAGCUUGGUUAUGUGAUUUUCAAACGGAUCGACUUCUUAGGUAGCCGCAAGAGUUUUGAGAUGUUAAAGCGUGUUGCUGGGGACAACAAUAGUAACGUAUAUGAACUCUUGAUUAGAGCAUAAUAUCAUCUAUCAGGUAGCGUUAUAACAAAAAACUAGCUUGAAGGCAAGAACUACACCUCUUUAACAUGCUGUGUCCACAAUUUUCCAUCGAAUGAAAUGCAGUUUUCUAGCCUGUACGACAUAAUGGUCUCGUUUCCAUAAAUAUGCAAAUAUCAUAUCCUUUCAUCAAGUGUGCAUGAGGAACAGUAAAGAGUGAAAUACCAACAGAUUUAUACUUACUCUUUUUUACACAGGAA